AUGGGACUCAGCUCACUCGUCGGUGCCGUCACGGGCAAGCAAUCGGCGCCCAUGAACCUCGCCGCAGUGACCCCCCCGAUCGGGCUCAAUCCCCACUUCAUCAAACCAACCCCGGUUGUGCUCGUGAUGGCCGAGAGCCGCAUGUCGUUCUCCGGCGAUGACUUCACCAUCAAGGACAGUGAGUUGUUGACAAUCGACUGUCCCCUACCCCGUGACUGCUGUUGCCGCUCCCCGCCGCUCCCCGCCGCUCCCCGCUCCCCUCACAAGACUAACGCCCAGACGAUUCUCUGUGCUCGUUCCAGGCAAUGGCGUUCAUGUGCUCAAGUGUAGUGGGCGUGCCAUGAGCUUCAAGGACAAGAAAGGUGGGUCUGAUCGCUUGCCUACAUGCACUUGCUAUUGAACAGCUGGACUGACGUAAAAUUUACUGUUCCGCGUGUGACCUCUUCGGACUGUGAUACGGCUCGCAAUAUCUCAAUCGCAACAGACUUCAAGGACCCUCAAAACAACUUCUUGUUCAGCCUGCGCGAAAAGACGAUGGCGAUUCACAAGACGCAGUUGAUCGAGGACGGAUCGGGCAAGGACUUGUGCAAGCUCGUCAAGAAGAUCAGCAUCGGCGGAUCAAAGUACAUCGCCGAGUUCAAUAAUCUCGUCGGCGACGGCCGGCCGGUCGAGCUCAAGUGCCGGGGCAACCUGUUGGGCGGCGCGGCCGACAUCCUCUACAACGACCGCGUGGUGGUGCAGAUCUCGCGUCAGAUGUUGAACAUGCGCGAGGCAAUGGGGGGCAAGCAGACGUACUAUACAACCGUCGCCCCCGGCUUUGAUGUCUCGCUCGCCGCGGCGUUGACGAUCGCUUGGGACGAGUUUGAGCAUGACGAGAAGUGA